AUGCAGUAUCGUCGUCCCGGUGGUGGUGUGAUGGAUAUGAGAACAAACAAGAACAAUACUCAUUUUCUUUACAAGAGCACUGCUCCAUUGGUUGAAGGAAAGAAAAUGGAGUUCGGGCGGUCUUACUCGCAAGGGAACAACAACAGAAGGAUGUUUCCGACUAGCUAUUUCAGCAUGGAGUCAUUGCUUCUGCUCAUCUGUCUCGCGACGUCGUUGCUGAUCUUGCCGCUGAUACUGCCACCGUUGCCGCCCCCACCUUUCAUGCUGCUACUGCUUCCGAUUGGGAUACUGGCUCUGCUUCUGAUCUUGGCUUUCAUGCCUUCUAAUGUCCGGGAUAUUUCUCAAACAUAUGUGUAA